AAUUGUCACGUCAGCUAACGUACAAAUAGCAACUUUUUCAAAUUUUACUUCCGGGUUAUGUCCGUGCUAUAAUGACAUUGUGCCCGACAGUAAACAAGUCAGACUGCCGAGUGGCUUACAGAUUGUUAUUUUGUAAGCUUUAAAGUUUAAAUUAGCACUGACAUUGCCAGUAACAUGACGUCCACCACUACAGGUUUUACAGAGGAGCGGCAGCAGAGAGGAGCACAGGCUCCAGUGGGCAUGGAGUACAUCCCCACAGAAGAGGAGAAGAGGGUAUUUAGAGAGUGCAAUCAGGAGAGUUUUUGGUACAGGUCGGUGCCCUUCUCUGUGGUCAGUGUGGCUAUCACUCAAGCCCUAGUUGCCAAAGGGAUUCUGUCAGCAUCUCCAAGAUUUGGAUCUCUACCCAAAGUGGCCUUUGCUGGCUUUUGUGGCUACCUGGCAGGAAAAAUGUCGUACAUGAAAACAUGCCAGGAGAAGUUCAAGAGGUUGGAGAACUCCCCUCUGGGAGAGGCCCUCAGACAGCGGACAGGAUUGCCUCCAAAAUUUUCCAAGGCUCCCCAGUCAGAGCUGAGUGACCCAGACUCCCCGACAUUUGACACCAUGUUCCAGGCAGCAGAAGCCCCCGGCCAGACGCCCACCAACACCAGAGAACAAGGAUUUGGCUACAAUUCAGAGUCACCCGUGCCAAUGGGCAAAGCAGAUGACUUCAGCGUUCCAGUGGAUGAUGAAGAGCCCAGGAGGAAGGCCAUCCUCUAUGAGGACUUGAGGCUCAAGAACAGAGAGAACUACGAAGUUACACUCACUCAGAAGGCCGAGACACUGCUCAAAACAUCACCUGAGAAUGAGCCAGGCAGACCCAAGAAAGACGUGAAGAAGAACAUCUAUGGAGAUGCCUGGGAGGAGUGAGUCCUUAUUUGAAAUUGAGGUUUACUCUGUACGCUGGCAUCCCUGAUACUGUGACCAUUUUGUUCCAGCGUGAUUCAGGUCUCAUUGAGUUGUACUGUUUCUAAUAUACAUGUCUUUGAAAAAAAGUCAAUUAAACCAAAGUACCCGAGGAAUAAAACCUUCUCUCUCUGUGCUUUGACAUUAUUUGUAAUAUAGUAUGCUAAUUUUUCAUCUUACAUUUAAUAACAAAAAGAAAAAUAAUACUGACGCUACGUUUUUCUGCUGUUAUGCACGCAAGAUAGGGCUGGUUAGGUGUUAACUCUUUUUGUGUUCACUCAUAACAAGAUAAGACAUGACAUAAGCCUAACUAAAUAUCAAUGGUGUCCUUUGUUUUUUGUGGAAGAGUUGUUUUUUGCUAGUCUCAAAUUAAAGCAUUGGUUUUAGGGGCAUGCAUACCAACCAGAUUGAUAGGUGAAAAACUGAAAAGAACAUAAUUAAGGUAUUGAAGGGCAAAAAAAGUGAUUAAAGUCAAUGUUUUCAUCCCUUUGUCUUAAUCAGGAAAUGGCCAAGUGUAUUAACACACACUAAUUACAUCCUGAUUACAUACACAGGGUUUUUCAAUGUGGGAGUAGGAGUACAUGUACUGUUAAAGUAAGAAUGUUUUAACAAGGUUAUUGAAUUUUUCAGUGGAAAAAAUAUCGGACAUGUUAUUCCAAGCAGAGUAGGAGUUUUAAUGUCUGGAAGGGGUCCUUAAAUAUAUUCAAAACAUCAAAAUGUGUUACUCUAUCUUGAGGGCCGUAUUGAACAUUUGUUUGUUAACUUAACCUUAACAUCACCAGGAUGUAAAUAGUUUUGUGCACAUAUACAGGUAUACUAUACCUUGUCCAAUGUUAUGCAUGAUGAAGGGUAGGGUUUAAAUAUGUCAUUUUUCUAGUUCAAUAAUAUUUUGGAAGCUUUA